CAAAUUGCAACUGGUGUAGAAGAGAAACCCGCGACGCGUACAGGUGAAAAUGUGACAGUGAUAAUUAAGAAAAAAAAACUAUGAAAAAAUAUUGAUAACAAUUUGGCAAUGUUGCGUUUGCUAAUAGCUCGUCAACUGUCAGUUAAAUACAGCUGUUUUUGACAGUUAUUUAUUUAUUGAACAAAUAAAUUCACUUUUCAAUAGUGUAACCGUUUAGGUGUAUUUAAUUAAAAUGGACUCUCACAGGGUGGAAUUGUACAUUUACGACUUAUCUAAGGGAAUGGCCGCUCAACUCUCUCCUAUACUUAUCGGAAAAAAAAUUGAUGGCAUAUGGCAUACUUCCAUUGUCGUUUACAAUAGAGAAUACUUUUUUGGUUCACAUGGUGUUGAAAGCUGUAAUCCGGGUACAACAGCCAUAGGACCACCUAAAGAGAUCAAAUAUCUAGGAGACACACAAGUACCAUAUUCUGUAUUUUUUGACUAUUUAUCAGGACUAUCUCAUACUACAUUUACGGCCGAAUCCUACCAAUUAUUCUCACACAACUGCAACAAUUUUUCUGAAGAAAUCGCUCAAUUCCUGUGUGGGGUAAGCAUCCCCAAAUAUAUCUUAGAAUUACCCAACGAGGUUCUAAACGCGAAUUUGGGUGGGGGAAUCGCUGCCCUCGUUGGUCAGUUAGAGCGUAGCGCCCGCCCCUUGGAGGAGGAGUCACGUCAAACAACCAAUAGGGAAACCUCGCCUGACUUGUCGCAGGAAAUCGAGGAGGCAAGAUACAACAGUUUUCUAUUGGAACAGCGUCGCAAGACUAUAACUGAAAAACUCGAAAAAAAUAAGCGGAAAAAGGAGAAAAAACGCAAGAAAAUACAGAAAAAAGGUGGUGCGAUACCUGCUGAAUUAGAAGAUAUUCCAAUGGCGGACACUGAGGCACCGGUAAAUGGCAGAUCGGAACCCCUUCCUUCAGAAGAGGCCCUCGCUUUAGAGGAAGAGGAGAGGCGUGAGGAAGAAGAAAAAAAGAAAGCCAGGGAUCCUCCGAUUGUCUUCAAAGACCUAGUAGAUGUUAAAGAGGAAUUUGAUGGAUUGGUAGCCCUGAUCGAUGGAAAACUGAAUUCUGAGGAACAAAAGUCUACUGAGGAGCUACAGCAAUAUAUGAUCGGCGGAGAGGGAAGCUGGGCAUUGAGCGACGGGUUUUUGGAUUAUCUGAAUAGAUUAUUGAACGAUAAACAAUUACCAGUUGAAGUGCGUGUAAAAAUAUUGAAACUCUUGGCAAUGGCGGCAUUAAAAGACGACAUUAUUCUUGUCCUGCACUCCGAUAGAAAAGACCACGUUCUGAUGAAUUAUGCUUUCGAAAUUGACCGGUUGAGUAAGGAGGAACAAGAAGCCCUGGCUUUGUUUAUGGCGAACAUGUUUGAAAACUUAAGCUCUUCGGAAUGGCUAUUAUAUAUUUCCGAGUGGCCAUUUAACAAUCAACAAAUUAGCAACAUAAGGGUGACCACCAAAGUUGCGGUGCAUUGCUUGUUAUCUGAAAAUGUGGUGUUGCAAGACAGAGGCUCAGCCAUUAUUUAUAAUUUGGCCGCCAAGGAAGUAAAAACUGUGGUUUUUGAUGAUAUAGCAGUAGAACUUACCAUGGCCAUUCUGCAAUACUUUUCAACAAAACCGUCGGAAGAGCAACUUUUCCGUUGUAUGAAAGCUUUAUCUAAAUUUGCGGAAGUAUCCAGGCAAGAAGUGCCCCAAUUAAUCCAAAUGAUCGGACCGGAUCCGGCAAGUUUUAAGGGAGUUAGCGAGAGAGUCGAUGCUCUUAUUGAAACGAUUUCGACACGUUUACGUUAAUUUUUUAUUUAUUUAUUUUUUGUGUUUGUGCAUUUAAAAUUAUGACAAUUUUAACUUCAUCAAAAUAACAAGUAAUUAUAAGAUUAAAAAAGUCAUUGUUUUUAUAAAUUAGGAUUUACGUAAUUAUAUUUUGGACUGUGUUAAGAUAUUUUAGGAAGAUUUUUACAUCGUUGUUAAUUUUAUUAUUUAUUGUGUUUGAAUAAAAUUUAAAAAAAAUA